AACUUCCAACAACCAACUCAAAGCAGUUCGUCUGGCCGCAGAGAUUAUGCAGCACCUUAGUUGAGCGCGCUCGGAAUCAGCUUACUUACCGACACCCCCGGACGGAAGAGGACCAUAGGAGAGACCCCACCCGACCCGAGAGAAUGACGAAAUCUUUCACCGGUGAAUCGCAACGUUGUCGAAGACGACGGCCACAACAGCAAGCGAGCAGAAACAGCAACAUCAACAGCACCAUGGGCGAAUCCAUCGACAGAUCGCACCUCUCCAGCGGAAAAAGCAGGAGCACCUUCACAGCAGCCAUGUCAAAGAGGAGGAAAAUUGUUUACGGCUGGUUUAAUUUCAUCUUCUUAUGCUGGCUAAUGCUCACCGAACAGUUCGUUAGCGUGCUUAGCCUUAAGGAUUUGAAAAUCUUCGUUCCGGAUGCAGUCAUCAUGGGAAAUGCAGCCACACUGACGUGCCAAUUCGAGCUGGAAAAGGCCUCCCUCUACUCGGUUCGGUGGUACUUCGAGGCCGAGGAAUUCUACCGGUACGUGCCGAAGGAGUCACCCCCAGCAAGGACAUUCCCUGUUUCUGGCAUCACAGUUGAUGAAACUCAAUCAGAUUCCCAGUCGGUGACGCUUCGUGGCGUUACCCGGGACCUGACGGGACAGUUCCAGUGCGAAGUGUCCGAGGAUGCACCGCUCUUCCACACCGACAUCCGAUUCGCCAGAAUGCAAGUGGUCGAACUACCCAAGGAAGAUCCGCAGAUGCAGCUGGAAAAAACUCACAUCACGACGGGCGACAGCUUUCGGGCCAUUUGCACCGUUGGGACGUCAUUCCCGUCGGCCAACAUCACCUGGUACAUCAACUCCAAGAAGAUCCACCGUUCGCCGUACCAACGGAUCACGUAUCGCUCGUACGAGGGAACUCCGACUUUCUCGUCGCUGGACAUGUACCCGCACAGCCAGGUCCUGCAGGACAUCUACCAAACGAUGCCCCCGAUGCAGACGAGCCUGGCCAUCAUGUGCGAGAUCUCGAUCCUGCACAUCUACACCAAAAGUGUCCACAAGAUGCUCAUCGUGAGCGAUCUGGUGACGACGGUUUCCCCUUCGCUGCUGGGCCUGGACGGGUCGCACAACCGACGGAACGGCGAUCCGGACAAUUCGGCCCUGACGGUAAGUGGUGUCGGAGUGGCCGGGAGUAGCAGCGUCAUGAUCUGGAGUUCGAUUCUGGCAGUGGCCGUAGUGUACCAUCGCUGCGGGAAAGGAGGGCGGGGAUUGUGAUGCGAUUAGGCUUUGACGGUGUACAUAGAUUUAGAGAAUGUUCAGCUGUAGGGCCGGAUUUGGAGAAGGUCAAACACACACGUGAAUACCUAGGAGCGAGUCUUGACACUCUAAACCAUUAUAUUUAUACAGAAGCCAUAGUAGACAAGGGGAUUAAGUGCGACGGAAAGGACGCAGACCUGUUGAAAUGUACAUGUAAUAUAUAUGUAUUUGAGCUUUUUUACCCAGGCGUAUUGCUUUAACAAUGAAAUGAUUAAGGGCGUGAAGAGGGCGGAUGAUGCGGAACAUAUGUAGGUUGGAAAUUUAGGUUUAUUUGGGAAUCAUUUAUUUUUAAGAAAUCAACAAUGCAGCCAAACCUGAAGCUUUUCAAUUGCUACCGAGAAAGUUGCUGACUACCUGACAUGUAGUGGUACUCCGUGAACUUUUAGUAUGAUUCAUAUGAUUUAUUGAGAUCCCGAGAUAAAUGAUUCCAAUGUACGCAGUCUUCGUCGUAGGUUAGCAAAGGUCUUCCAAAGAUGAGGUCGUAAGAUGACACUGCCAAUGUCUUACAUAUCCGAAGCACUUCGACUGAGAAUCGAACCCAUGGAGAAAUGCGACUUAUUGCUUGUCAACACGGUUGUACAGCCACGGAGCUCACAAAGGUUAGGUUUAUAGAGGUGGUAUAGUUGAUUAGAUAUCAUAUUCAAUGCAUUUCAGGCAAAAUACUAUGUUUCACGAUUCACAACAAAUGCAUUUUGCUCUUACAGAUGCUCUUGCAAAAAUGGCCAAACCUUGGUCCCUUCGGCACCGGAUCUGAGCGGCCAAGUCCAACCAAACCAAAAUAUUUAGCCACAUUCACAAAAUAUAAGCCUUGACGAUAAUUUUGAGUACAAAAACGUUUAUAUUUGGUGAAUAAACGGCUGCGAAAUUCGUAUGUCAAAUCCGGGUCAAUAUGACCCGAACACCUCAAACGUAACUUUUUUUGUCCAGCCCUUCAGAAAUGUCCUACAAAAAUUUUUCAAACGUGAAACUCUUAUUUUCCACAAAAGAUUAAAAGUCACAAAAUUUCUUAACAAUAGGAAGUAACAAACAAAAGUUGUGGCGCUUUGAAAGUGCGUUUCGGGUCAUAUUGACCCGAACACCGUAGGAAGGUUAA